ACUUCAUACUUGGUUCUUAGAGCGAACACAUCGAACCCGCGGGAGAGUCAGAAACAAAAAGUUGAAAUUGCAAGACAUUCGAAAGCGGCUCCAAGCAAAAGAAAAAUACAUUUCCAUACGAACCAAAUAUGCAAUUCAAGUGAAAUUUUUGUGCCAGGGAAAAUGUGCAUAAAGUUGUAGAUUCGCGAUCUAGAAGCUGCCCAAGUGCAUCCAAGUGCCCAAAAACAGUAAACUUUCAAUUACAAAUCAGGCAAAGCGAUUUGACUUCGAUUCAAUUAGGAACGAGUAAGAUGUCAAGUGUUGAGUGCUGUGAGAAGUGCGGCCGGAGCAGGAGGGUGCUGCUGCUGAUGGUGGUGCUGAUGUCCAUGUCGAGGGACUGUCAGGCAUCGCGCUUCAACCACUCGGCGUUCAUGGACGGUGUCCAGUCGGUGGUGGUGAAUCCCUACAAUCGCACCAUCCUAAACAUGUUCGACCUGACCGAGGAGCAAAUCCAGAGCAUUCAGAAUCGCAGCAAUCCCAACACCAAGGACGAGGCAACCCAGUCCUCCAAUCACCAAUAUCUAGAGCACGUCGCCUCGCAGCGUCUGAACGAGAUAUUCAAGCGGCUGCACAAGGCAAUUUCGAAUGAGCCCAAUGUCAACAGGUCAGCGGAGAAAGCCGGCUAUCCCAUCUGCAAUGGAGAGACGAGCAUCCCCAACUGGCAGCAAGCCAACAACGUCACCCUUCAGUUUGCCAGCAGCGUCUUUGAUCACAACGGGGACCGGCCCAGCAGCGCCCUGCUGCGUCUAUACAAGACGCACCCCGGGCAAAGUCCCAGCCACAGCCAGAGCCAGGAGAGUACGGAGCAGCCCGCGGCCACACUCUGCCCAGACCAGGCGCAGGUGGGUCCUCAGAUCCGAGUGACCGUCUCCAUUGUGCAUCAGCAGAAGAAGAAACGUAAGUUAGAGCGCAAGAAGCGCACCUGCAACACCACCAUGUUCAGCGCAGGCAUGACCGGAUGGGUAGAGAUCGAUGUUAAGUGCGCCCUGGCCUACUGGGAGCAGCAGCAGCGCCAGCAGCAGCAGCAGCAGCAGCAGCACCAACAGUUGCUGCCCAGCGUUGUGGGAAUGCUAAUGAUCGAGGUCCACGACGACGAGGAGAACCCGCUCAAGCCGGGCCUCUACUUUGAGCCACCCACUUGCGAUCAGGCAGACCCUGCUGUCCCAUGGAACGCAUACGGAUCAAAGACGUUUGUGCCUUAUCUGGAAAGUCGGUCAAUGCCCAGAUACCCAAGGAUAGAUGUUGGCUUUAACGGCAGCACAUCGUUAUCGCUCAAUAACUGCUUGAAGAGCAUACACAGUAUCCCGAAGAGCAAGAGCUACAUCAGCCCCGAGUCAACCACACCCAAUUCACUAACAAUGGACAAUUUGCUCGACGAGACCAGUGAGACGGAGAGCCAGCAGGAGAAGGAGCGCGAGAGGGAGCGCGAGCGGGAACAGGUCCCACUGGUCCACCAGCAUCACAGACGCCAUCACCAUAGUCACCAGCAGCACUCAGCCGAAUCGGAGUCAGCGGCUGCCCAGACGGAGAGCGAGGUGGAGGCCGAGGAACUGUUGGCAGCGGCAAGCAACAGCGAGCCAAUGGAACCGAUGUCCAAUCAUCAUCAGCAUCGGGUGCUCAACCAUCACCACACCACGCACCAUCAUACUAGCGGUCGCCAUCAUCACAAGCACCACCACUUGAUGGCCCACAAGCAGGAGUAGAUCGGCUGCGUUAUCCUAGUGCCCAGCCCCAUAUCACGCGCAUAUUUUGUCUCUCCCUCGCCUACCCACACAUACAUAUACAUACAUAGUAUAUGCUGGUCUUAUUAUAUUUUUUUUUGUUUUCGUUUGUAUCUUUAGGGCCAGUUGACUUAACUAGUUUUUAGUUCGUCGGUUUCCUAACCCAACCAUAAGCAAACGCAUAAACACACGCAUAAGCGCGAACCCUGUGCAGGGUUAUACAAUUGUAGUAAUGAUAAUUUACAAUUCGUUUUAAGUUAAACAAAUUUUUGGUCGAAAUUUGUAUUAUUAAUGGAUUAAAUCUCUCUUAUAUUAGGAGUCUGUGAUUUAGAUGUGGUUGCAAAUUCGCCAAUUUUUUGCUACAAUUGAAUUAUACAACAAAUUAAUGGAACCCACACACAAGAAAACAU